AUGUCGAGGAGAUUGAACUUGGUUUCAAAACAUCUUGGGCAGAACUUAACCGAGAACUUCAAAAAAUCUAGCUUGGUAACUCCUUAUGUUCAGGAUCCAAUUACUUUUCUUCAUUUAGAUCAGCUGUUGCCUGCAGAGAUCAAUUCAAGAAGAGCCCAACUUAGAGCAAAUUUAGAAACAAAUUUGGCCCCUUUUGUAGCUGAAUGGUACGAAAAAGCUGAAUCCCCAGGAAUUUUAGCGGAAAAGUUCAGAUCUCUUGGAAUCACAGGUCUCAGCGAUGAAAAAUACGGCUGCAAAAAGAUAUCGCUGAUGGAAAAAUCCUUAAUUCUUUAUGAACUUGCGAGGAUUGACUGUUCUUUAGCUAAACACUUAUAAUGGCUUGGAGAGAAAACCUGGUCUUCUUAGCGCCUGUAGCCAGAUGACAGUCUAGGACCGUGUGGAAGGAGACCAGCAUUAUUUGGUCUGGUUGAGUGCGAAAGCUCACAUCCAUGGCAUUAUUUUACCCUGUGGGAUAAUUGGACUUGGAAGUUUGAAAGGGAUUGCCAAACAAGCCCAGAGACCUUUCACUUACUCCCCCCCUUUAAAUUGGAACAAAAUAUAGGUAAAAUUUCCACUUUUUUGGUAAAUUAACCCCCCUUUAAAUUGGAACAAAAUUUAAUUUUAUAAUAAAAAAUUUUAUAUAUAUAAAUCAUAAUUUUUAUGUAAAAAGUUUUGAUCUAAUUUAAAUGUUUCUUCUUAACUAAAAUUAAAAAUUUAGUUAUAUCCUGCUCUUGUUUAAAGAAUAGAGUAUAAAGAACAUCUUAUUUAAAUAAAUUUAUUAUCCUUAAUUGUAAAAAAAUUAAUUUUUUUUAAAAAAUUUUCAUUAUUUUUUUUAAUAAAAAUGAUAUUUUUUUAUAUAUAAAUAGCUUUGAUAUAAAUUCAAUACGAAUUCUUUACAAAAAUUCAAAAUUUACUUAUCUCUUGCUUUAUUUUAAAGAAUAGAGUAUAAAUAAAUCUUAUUUAAACAAAAUUAGCACUUUGAUUAAUAAAUUUUCUAAAAUUUUUUUUUUAUCAAUAAAAAUAAUAAUUUUUGUGUAAAUAGUUUUGAUACCAAUUAAUAGUGGCAUAUUAAUUAAUAAAAAAAUUUUAGUUAUAUCUUGCUUUGUUUUAAAGGAUAAAGAGUAAAUAGCAAUUUAUUAAUCUAAUUCGAUAAAUUUUUGAAAUUUUUUUUUUUUUUAAAUUUUAUAUAAAUUUUUUUUUUAUAAAAAAUUUUCUUAACCCCCGUUUAAAUUGGAACAAAAUUUUUAGUUCCAAUUUAAAGGGGGGGGGUUAGUAAUAAUCCAGAUUGUCUAGGAUAUAUAUCACUGGCUCUACUGGGAGACCGCUUUCCAACUUUCGGACUGAUUCCCACUGAGGCAAAAAACUUGUCAGUGCAGUAAAGCAUGCGGUCGGCUAGCUAAUUGCGCUUCACCAAACUAGAAAAAUCCGGCCAGAUGCACAUUCUGAACUAAUUCUUACUUCCGAGCUACAGGAGUUAAGAGUCUGGGUAUGCGUAUCACGUCAUUUUAAUGCAUAUUGGAUGGAGCAAAGCAAGGAAGUAAAAAGUCGUUAUGGCUGUCCUUGAGCUUCUGACAUUAAUCUAAGUUAGUUAAUACUGUUCUUUAGCUACUUUCUACGUGGUUAUGUUCUCACUCACUGCUCACACAAUCGAAGAACUAGGCACUGAAGAGCAAAAAGUUAAAUAUCUGCCAAAACUAUGCAACCUCGACAUGAUUGGCUGCUGGGGAUUAACAGAGCCUGAUUUCGGGUCUGACGCCUCGGCACUUGAGACAACAGCAACCCCAGUAAAAGGAGGAUACGUCCUUAACGGUGUCAAAAGGUGGAUCGGGAACGCCAUUCUCUCUGAUAUUAUGAUCAUUUUUGCAAGGAACAUAACAACUAAUCAUGUAGAAGGCUUCAUAGUGAACAGCAAAUCAAAUGGAGUAUCAGUCGAAAACAUCCAAAGAAAGCUUGCCCUGAGAAUUGUCCAGAAUGGAAAUAUUUUCUUAAAAGACGUUUUUGUCCCAGCUAAUGAGAGACUAGGAAAAGGGCACACUUUCGCAACAGGCGCAAAUGAGAUCCUUGAGCAUAGUAGAAUGAACAUAGCUUGGCUUGCUGCAGGGCUAAUAGCAGGGAUUUAUGAGAAUUCAAUAAAAUAUAUUAGGGAAAGAGUGCAGUUUAGAGCCCCAUUGGCGUCGUUUCAGCUCAACCAGGAAAAGUUGGUUAGGAUUUUGGCUAUUUAUCAAGCUGUUUUCUUGAUGGGCUGGAGAGUUACCAAUCUACUAGACCAACUUAACUUAGCUUAAAGAUUCUUCUAGAUUUGAUGCAUCCCAAACUUUCAAUAGUCGGAAUCUGCUUGCUGAAGGAACUCAGUAGCCUGAGCGGGAUCCCAACAGCGAUCUCCUGGGACAUAGGCCUUUCACUGACAUCCCUGGGCCCAGAAGGUUAGAAAGACACCUCUUACUCAACGUCAUAUGGGUGCUAUGAAAGCACCAGCUCACUCGAUGUCUUCUGUCGGCCACCUUGAGGGUAGCUGAAUUCCAGGAAAAAGAGCAGCAACUCUCUGGAACCAGCAGGAAAAGAGCCCGUAACCCACAAAUCAUUCUAAUAAUUAAUACUGGACUGGAGUUACCACUAGCUGUCUUCCAAGGUCAAUCUAUUCCAUAAACCCAGUCUAGGCAAGCUAAGCUUUAGGAUUAAAGCGCCUGAACCUUGGUUCAGGCUAUAAACUACUAAAGCAGGGAAAAGCAAAUGUAGCGCAAGCUUCAUUAGUUAAAGGCUGGUGCACACUUGUGGGGCGAGAAGCUGCUAAACUAGGCAGAGAGUUGAUGGGAGGAAACGGAAUUUUAAUUGAUAAUUAUGUGAUGAAAGCACUCGUAGACAUGGAAGUCAUUUACACUUAUGAAGGUACCUAUGAUAUUUGUGCUCUCAUUGCUGGAAGAGCUGCGACUGGAGUUACAGCAUUUAAGCCUGGAUAUAAAGCUUAA